GGCUGUUGCCAGUCCCGGCCAAGCUGUGUUGUAUUCUGGGGAAGCUAUCUGAAGCUUGAGAGUGAGGGCUUGAACGUUGUCGCAGCCCGAUGGUAUAAAGAGGCCUUGUUCUCCUCGUCCUGGGAGUAAGUGCCUGUCCUCACUCACUCGACUCUCAUUCCAGUCUACUUCUUCCUCUCUACUUCUUCAUUCAAAGACUCUUCCACCUAUCCCCCUAAUACACACAUCACAUCCGUCAAGAUGCAGUCCAAGAUGCUCCUGGCUACCCUCCUGGCCACCGUCGCCUCAGCCGACAACUUCAUGGCCCACCCCAACAUGUAGCGCGAUAUCGAGGCUCGCGCCACGGCCACGGCCACCGGUAUCCUCUCCGAUGAGUGCCAGAGCGCCAUACUCGACGUCUACAGCGACGUGCCAACCCCCCCCGCGGCCAUCGUCUCCGACCUCCUCGAGAACCCCCAGACCGACCCGUGCAGCCUCUACACGUCCGCCAGCCUCAGCAAGGAAUACGCCAGCUUCAGUUCUGAGGUCGUGUCCUGGUACGACGACAGCAAGGACGCUCUCUCCUCCGCCCUGUCCGAGUGCCCGGCCCUCAGCUCGUACGCCACCGGCAUCAACGUCUGUGAGACCGGCAGUGGCUCCGGCUCCGGCUCUGAUGCCACUGCCACUGGCACCAGCGGCUCCGACAGCGCCUCGUCCACCUCCGAGAGCAACUCCGACACCACCGGUGCUGCCUCGCACCAGUCCGGCAUGGCCAUGGCUGCCGUGGCCGUUGCCGGCUUUGUCGUUGCCAUCCUGUAAAGGCCUAGUUACCUGUACAAAAAUGAAGCUGAGAAUUAUGUUUCACCGUUUGUGGCACCAGCCGUCGAGCCGACUCCUUCGGAGUGCCAUCAGAUCUGGG